ACAGAAUCGGAACAACUCGCCAUGGCCAGCCAUUCACAGGGGAUCCACCAGCUCCUUCAAGCAGAGAAAAGGGCCAAGGACAAGCUAGAGGAAGCCAAGAAGAGAAAAGUGAAAAGAUUGAAGCAAGCCAAGGAAGAGGCAAUAGCAGAAAUUGACCAAUAUAAAAUGCAGAGAGAUAAGGAAUUUCGAUUAAAACACUCUAAGGUAAUGGGCUCUCAGAGUGACCUUGCCAGUGAAAUAGACAAACAGACACUAGAGAAGAUACAGGAACUGAACGGAAACUACAACAAGUAUAUGGAGAGUGUGAUGAAGCAGCUUCUCAGCGUGGUGUGUGACAUGAAACCGGAAGUCCACGUGAACUACAGACCCAGAGCCACCAACUAAAGGCACACCAUGGUGUGUGAGCCACGGUGCGUAGCUGCCUCGUGCUUAUAAGAGCUUCAUACUGGUGUUACAAAGAACUUGAGAUGCAAUCUGAGAUCAUCUGGAUACCUCCAAAGUUCCCUGUGACAUAACUCACACACAGGAACUGAGAGAAUACAUGAAUAAAACAAUGGGAUCAUUCAUGGACAUAGUUAUGACCUUGUCAUUUACUCUGAAGCAAGUCAAGAAUAUAGCAUAGCAUUUUAUUUUACACUUAAACCACGUCAGGACAGCCAUUUAAAAGUGCUUCUUUGGUCAUUUUGUUAAUUUAGACUACGUGCUCUUCAGCGUGCUUGGUAAACUACAAUUCCUGAAGGAUAGAGUAUGAUUCCUAUAUACAUGUAAAAUAAAUAUGCCAAUGAUUUUAU